CUCAAAGUGGGUUAGGGCCGGUCCACGGGACUCCGCCGGUGGAGUGUUAAUGGUCAAUGAUGAUUGCAUCCUGCAUGAUCUUCACUUCCCCGCUGCUGACUUUCCGAUCAUUCAAUGACAUCGUCUUCCGUUAUCUCCCGAUAUGCCCAUCCUUGCCCAUUUUCGUCCAGUCUGACGAUUUUUCUUCCUUCUUCCUCAUUCCCAUCUGCUUGGGCGACUUGCUACCUGACGUCUUAUACACCUUUAUAUUACUAACAGAAUCAUUUGUACUUGUUCUGCAAAAUCCAAAGCUAUUUAACCUCUUAUUUGGACCUGAUUAGCCCCACUGUUACCCUCUGAACGCACGGUUUUUUGUACUAUUUUCGUUGGUCUCCUCGAUGUUCCAUCAUUUCACUGAUCACCACGCAAGAGAGUGAUCCUUUUAAUCAUCUCUUUACCUAUAUUCGAUUCAAGAGGACUUCGUGCGCUCUGUGAGGGCAUGGCUCAUGCAGAGAGGAACAGCGCAUUGGCAGGGUUGAAGAUCGACACAUCCUUUCCUCUUACACACAGACCUAGAUGGCGAAGUGAGGGUGGAGGCAGAAGAGUGACGGAUCAUGGAAAUGGUAUCGAGGGCGACCGUACAAACAUCUUUCACGAUUCUGGCGCACGCCGUUACGGUACUGAUGAAGACAACAGUGUUUUGAGCAGUCUGCAUUCAGCGACUCCCCCCAUCUCGGUACCACGUCAUGAUGAUCUUCCCAAGGAAGACGUUAGCUUCCCACAAAGACCUGAGGAUGUACAGUCAUCCCCCCUUGACAGCUUUCUUCACAACCGCCGCCCUUCCGUCAGCUUCGACCCCAACAUCACGCUCGACUCCGGACAGCCCCAAGCUCUGGGAGAGCCGUUGGCAAAAGGAAUUACGAGGAGCCGACCCCAGAGGUUUCAACCAAAAGGCUCGAGCUUAAGGAAUACGCUACCCCAGGAUGACGAUGACGACCAUUAUCCAAGACACAGAUAUCGGAAUCAGCGGGGCUUCCAUUCUCAUGGAGGUUUCAUGAGUAGUCCUGAUGAAGACAUGCCCGUGACUUCGGCGAUCGACCGUCCUACCUCGUUGACAUCGAGAUCCACAGCAUCCCCCGUUACAGAAGAGCUGCGGACUCCUCCUGAAAGCUCGAAGAGUGCGCUGCCAUCCCCCAUCUGCAUGGCCUCUCCCGUGCAAGGUUUCGCCUCGCUUGAUGACCGCGGCUCUUGGUCUGGUAGUGUCGUAACCCCUUUUGGAAGCAAACCAAGAGGCCUUCGAGGCUCUAACCGCCAAAGCUCCCGUCGGUCAACGGCCUCGAGCGGCAAAUCUCCCGCCAGCAUGUUCCUCUCCAUGUGGAGCAGUGGUGAAGAACCUGCAUCACAGCCUGAUGACGAAGGUCAAAUGGUAGGGACUGAAUAUGUUCUUGGAAAGCAGAUCGGGUUUGGAGGUUUCAGUACGGUAAAAGAGGCAUAUAAAGCCGACGAAAGUGGUGGAACUAAACGACUAGCUGUUAAGAUCGUACGGAAGCAUGUCUCCGGGAAGAGUGAAAGGGAGAACGAUGAGGUUCAAGCAGAAUUUGAUCAUGAAGUUCGAGUGUGGCGAUAUCUCAGCCAUCCAAAUGUUUUAACGCUUGAUGCUGUCUACGAAACGGACUACGCCACAUUCUGCUUUACCAAACUAGCCAUCGGCGGUACGCUUUUUGACUUAGUCCGGCAAAAUCGGCGUGGUCUCGAUCUGAAGCUUGCAAAGAAAUAUACUUAUCAGUUAGCGUGUGCACUGCGAUAUCUACAUGAAGAUGCUCGGGUAGUGCACCGGGAUAUCAAGUUGGAGAACUGCCUUUUGGACCCGGUUGAACUGCCAGAUGGGACGAAAGCUUCGAAUCUCGUCUUGUGUGAUUUCGGAAUGGCGGAAUGGAUGAACAUGGAUAACGGAGAUGACUCACCAGACCCAUAUGACGACGCUGCAGACCGGCCGCCACCUAAAACAAUUGGCCCUGCUGGGUCAAGUACUAGUGUUGCAGGAAGCCUGGAGUACGCAUCUCCAGAGCUGCUUCUUUCCACCAGUGGGGUCAUCGACCCUUCGGUCGAUAUAUGGGCAUUUGGCGUGAUCGCUUAUACUGUAUUAGUCGGGUCUCGGCCCUUCCAAGAUCCUUUCGCGCCUCGCAUCCAAUCACAUAUCCUAAGCGGAACUUGGGAUAGGACUGCAGUCCUAGGUGAUGAAACCAAUUUGGCGGCUUUUAGGGACCGGAAGUACGCCCUUGAGUUGAUUGAGGGCUGUCUGGCUAUGGAUGUUGAAGAACGCUGGACAAUUCGCGAUGUUCUCUCAUCCCGUUGGUUGCGAGAGCUCUCCGAAAGUGGCGAAGAUGGUGAAGUGGACACCAUCUGGAAGCUGUGAAGUCUUCUCUUUCUUUCGUAUUGUUUUUCUAUUCCCCUUCAAGUUGUGACUUGAAACGUGGGGUAUGACGCAUUGGAUUUUCUAUUUACGAUAUAUUGAUGAUCAUAACUGGCGCUCUUAUGAUAUGGACAAGCGCUGGUGUUCGGGAUUAUUGAUCAUCUAUGAUACCCUCUCUUUGUGUUACUUUUUGGUUUUCUUAUCUGUUAACAUUUCGGUAUAUGGAAGCUCCCCUAUUUUCGUUUCUUAUAUUAUGUUCGCUCUAGGGGGGGCUCACGGUCUUGAUUGUUCUCGGCGGGUACUAAUUUUCAAGCAAUGAUCAAUCAUGGGAUUUUAAGGGAUUAUUAUGUGUUUCGGUUUAACAAGCAUGGCGUUCGGUUCGGUUCGGUUUUAUACGCCCGUCAUAUUCUCCUUCUUUGUAUCUAUAUAUCAAAUAGCUGUGCUGUGGGUCUCUGAUUGCUACAAUGGCUUUGGCCUUCUAAAAUGGUCCUUUGAUCAAUUCAAAAUAUCAACAUUCCUAUCUCAUGUUUCCUAGCUAAAAAGCCAACUGUAGCUGAUAUUCGUCGAUGCUGUAAGAAGUCGACUCGUUCUUAGGGAUGGAAUUAACCACACGUCCAACAGAAAUACCAGUCACA